AUGGACAACAAAGGGUUGUCACUGACAGGAGGGCCAUUCCUGCUGGUGAUGGUGCUGAUGUCAAACCUACUCCUGUGCAAGAAUGUGGCCUCCAUGCCCACCUGUCCCAACGGGGAUGGCCAAUGCAGAGUGCCCCUCGGAGAACUGUUUGACCGUGCAGUCAUCCUAUCUGACUACAUCCAUAACCUGUCCUCUGAAAUGUUCAGUGAGUUUGAUAAACGGUACACCCAGGGCAGGAGGUUCAUUACCAAGACCAUCAAUGGCUGCCACACUUCUUUAAUCCCUACCCCCGAAGACAAGGAGCAAGCCCAAAAGACCGAUCACGAAGACCUUCUGAACAUGAUCCUUACAGUGCUGCGCUCCUGGAAUGAGCCUUUGUAUCAUCUAGUCACGGAAGUGCGUGGUAUGCAAGAAACCCCUGGUACCCCAGGAUCCCUUGGUAUGCAAGAAAACCUUCAUACGAAAAUAGCCCCGAAUGGCAUCCUAUCAAAAGCCAUAGAGAUCGAGGAACGUAACAAACAACUUUUAGAGGGUAUGGAGAGGAUAAUCAGCCAGGUUCAAAGUGGAGUCAGAAGAAAUGAGGCCUACCCUAUCUGGUUGGGACUUCCAUCUCUGCAGGUGGCCGAUGAAGACGCUCGCCUUUUUGCUUUUUAUAACCUGCUCCGUUGCCUACGCAGGGAUUCUCAUAAGGUUGACAACUAUCUCAAGCUCCUGAAGUGCCAAAUCAUCUACAAUAACAACUGCUAA